GUGUCUCUGACAGACUUUGUCGCUAAAACUUAAAACCCCACCACCGGCGGACUCGCUUCCUCCGCUGAGCAAGCCAGCCAGGCAGCGGCUGCGUGUGCGCGCCGCUGAAUGCAUAAGCUACACAGCAUUAAAGUAAUCUUUUUUAUUUUUAUUUAUUUUAUUAAAACCUCUCACCGCUUGCUUUACGCUUUCUCUGAGAGAACGCUUUGAGAGGUUCUUUUGGUGGGAGUUGAAGCAAGGACCCCACAAGCAAUAUAAGACCUUUAACAAUUGAAAGAUGCUGAAAAAUACCCAACUGGGUUUGAUGCUCGUUCGUCAAACCCUUUUGGGUUUAGACAAAAAGCCAUUAAGUUUUAAACUUUCACGCCUGCUUUGUUUUUGACUUUGAAAAUUUUGCAUACCAUUCAACGAUCUUCAAUAUUUUCUUUUUUGUACGUGUCCUCUGUAUGUAUUGGGAUUUUUCUUCCUUUUCUGCAUGCGAGGGAUCUUCAAUUUCUUCUUUGGCAUUCUUUCCAAUUCGUUUGAGCAAUUUUUUGGGUCGGUAGAUUCUCCUUCGCAUUUAAAGAAAUAAGGGGCAUGAGCGAGAAUAUCUUUUCAAGGCUGUGAUUGUUGCUUUUGAGCGAAUUGGGAUCUUUAUUUGAUCUGGGUCUCUUCCUGCUUUCACGGUUCCUGCAGGGUCCUAAUCUCUUUUGAGGAAAAAGUUUCAUUGGUAAUGACCAGAUAACAUUUCAAAUUAUGGGUUGGCUUAGCAAAAUUUUUAGAGGUUCAAGCCACAAAAUUUCAGAAAGGCAAUAUUAUGGGCCAUAUGGAGACAAUAUGGUCGGAAAUGAACCUUCAUGUUCAGGGGAUGUGUGGUCAGAGCAUGAGAAUGAAGAUAUAGAUCGAGCUAUUGCAUUAUCCCUUGAGGAUGAAGAUCGGAAAGGAAAGCAAGUAAUUGAUGUUGAAACUCAGUUGGAGGAAGAUGAGCAACUUGCCAGAGCUAUACAAGAAAGCUUGAGUGUUGAAUCUCCUCCUCAAUAUGGGAAUGGACAUGGUAAUGGAUAUGGUAAUGGAUAUGGAAACGGAAAUAUAUAUCAACCUGCCCCAUUUCCUUAUUCAACAGGGUUCAGGAUUUGUGCUGGUUGCCGUACUGAGAUUGGUCAUGGACGAUUUCUUAGUUGCAUGGGUGCAAUUUGGCAUCCAGAAUGUUUUUGUUGCCGUGCUUGCCACCUACCAAUUUCUGAUUAUGAGUUCUCUAUGUCUGGUAGUUAUCCUUAUCAUAAAUCUUGCUACAAGGAGCAUUAUCACCCGAAAUGUGAUGUUUGUGGGCACUUCAUUCCAACAAACGUUGCUGGUCUUAUUGAAUAUAGGGCACAUCCUUUUUGGGUCCAGAAGUACUGCCCAUCUCAUGAGCAUGAUGGAACCCCUCGGUGCUGUAGCUGUGAGCGGAUGGAGCCACGAGACACAAGAUAUGUUAACCUUGAUGAUGGUCGGAAGCUCUGCCUUGAAUGUCUGGACUCUGCAGUCAUGGAUACCGAUGGAUGUCAGCCUCUUUAUCUUGAUAUACAAGAAUUUUAUGAAGGUCUGGGUAUGAAAGUGGAACAGCAUGUACCAUUGCUUCUGGUUGAGAGACAAGCACUAAAUGAAGCCUUGGAAGGAGAAAAGAAUGGGCAUCAUCACAUGCCGGAGACAAGAGGACUCUGCCUUUCUGAGGAACUAACUGUCAGCACUGUUUUGAGGCGGCCAAGGAUGAGAGCAGGAAACCGAGUCAUGGACAUGACAACAGAACCUUAUAAAUUGACACGUCGUUGCGAGGUGACCGCAAUUCUCAUUUUGUAUGGCCUUCCUAGGUUGCUUACUGGGUCAAUCCUGGCUCACGAGAUGAUGCAUGCAUGGCUGCGGCUUAAAGGUUACCGGACUCUUAGUCAAGAUGUUGAAGAAGGCAUCUGUCAGGUGCUAGCUCAUAUGUGGUUGGAUGCUGAGCUGAUGUCUGGAUCAGGCAGCAAUCUCGAGUCAACCUCAUCUUCCUCGGCAUCCACAUCAUUCAAGAAGGGUGCAAGAUCUCAAUUUGGAAGGAAGCUCGGGGAGUUCUUCAAACACCAGAUUGAAACAGAUACCUCACCAAUUUACGGGGCAGGAUUCCGGGCUGGUAAUCAGGCAGUGCUUAAAUAUGGUCUUCAAAGCACUCUUGAACAUAUUCGACUGACGGGGAGCUUUCCUUAUUGAAGUUUUGAGCCUUCAAGUUGGUCCUCCUUCCUGCGAAGGAGUUGCCUUCCGUAUCAGAUUAAAAGAGCAUACAAAUCACAUCUUUAUAGAGCAGUUUUGAGAAGUUCUCAAUUCUUUAUCUUACUCUUGUAGUCUUAACAAAUAUUUUUUUUAUAUUAUUAAUUUAAUUUGUUUUUUCCA